AUGUGUGUGUUGGAUUGGGGUGGCCAUUGGGCAGAUCACCUAAGCUUAGUUGAGUUUGCAUACAACAACAGCUUUCAGGCGAGUAUUGGCAUGGCUCCAUUUGAGGCUUUGUAUGGGAGGCCAUGUAGGACACCCCUAUGCUGGACCCAAGUGGGGGAGCGCAGCAUGUAUGGAGCUACUUAUGUUCAGGAGACGACAGAGAAGGUUCGUGUUGUGAGGCUGAACAUGAAGGAGGCUCAGGAUAGGCAGAAGAGUUAUGCAGAUAGACGCAGACGAGAGCUUGAGUUUCAGGUUGGAGAUAGAGUUUAUCUCAAGAUGGCUAUGUUGAGGGGUCCUAACAGAUCCAUAGCAGAGAACAAGCUGAGUCCGCGAUUUAUGGGUCCGUUUCCAGUAGUGGAGCGUAGUUGGGCCAUUAGCUUACAGGCUGGAGUUGCCUGA